AUGGGUUCGUCUCUGUUGUGUACGGCGCACGUUUUGUAAAACAGCAGAAAAAAGAGAGACAAAAUCCCUCAAAUAUCAUACAUCUGUGAUUUACUGCGAUUUAAAAAAUGAUUGACGGUGCGAUAGAGUUUGGUGAUGUGUCACACGAGUCAGCAGGGCUCUGGCACCAGGGAAAGUUGCGCAUGCUGAAGGGGCAAGUUGUGUUCAAGACGAUCAAGACCGGCAAAGUCGAACAUUUCGAAGGUGAAGAGAUAGAGGACGCCAGGUGGCAGCGGCUGUCCUCCGGAUACCUGCUAAGGAUCAUGUUGAAGAGCGGCACACUUCACAGAUUCCGAGGCUUCAGAGAUGGAGACCAAGAAAAGCUGGUGAAGUGUAUAAAGGAGAACUUUGACAUUGAAGUAGAAGAAAGCGAAGUUUCGAUCAGAGGAUGGAAUUGGGGAUCAGCGGAAUUCAACGGCUCGGUGCUGUCGUUCGACGUGCACAACAAGACGGCGUUCGAGCUCCCGCUGAACAACGUGUCGCGCAGCAUGACGGGGAAGAACGAGGUGACGAUCGAGUUCCACCAGAACGACGACGACCUCGUCGCCCUCACCGAGCUGCGGUUCCACAUCCCGCCGAGCAACGACCCCGAGACCGACGCCGUCAAGACGUUUUACGACAGCAUCAUGGCGAAGGCGAGUGUGAUUCAGGCGACCGGCGACGCCAUCGUCACGUUCAAGGAGGUGCAGUGUCUCACGCCGAGGGGUCGAUACGACAUCAAGAUCUUCGCAACAUUCCUACAGCUUCACGGAAAGACGUUCGACUACAAGAUACCCCUGUCCACCGUCCUGCGACUGUUCCUGCUGCCUCACAAGGACCAGCGGCAGAUGUUCUUUGUCGUGAGUUUAGACCCUCCUAUCAAGCAAGGUCAGACGAGAUAUCACUUCAUGAUCCUGCAGUUCAACAGGGAAGAUGAAGAGACGUUGGAGCUUACCAUCUCUGAGGAGGAGAUCAAGGAGAAGUACGACGGGAAGCUGUCGCAGGAGAUGUCCGGACCGACGUACGAGAUUGUCAGUCGCGUCAUGAAGGCUCUAGUCCAGCGCAAGAUCACCGUGCCGGGCAGCUUCACCGGUCACUCGGGGGCGCACGCGAUCUCGUGUUCGUACAAGGCCACGGCGGGCUUCCUGUACCCGCUCGAGCGGGGCUUCAUCUAUGUCCACAAGCCGCCCGUCCACAUCCGCUUCGACGAGAUCUCCUUCACGAACUUCGCCCGCAGCGGCGGCAGCACGCGCUCCUUCGACUUCGAGAUCGAGACGAAGAACGGGACGCUGUUUACCUACAGCAGCAUCGACAAGGAAGAGUACGCGAACCUGUUUGAUUUCGUCAAGAGCAAGAAGCUGAGGAUUAAGAACAGAGGCGACAAACUGCCUGAGCCGGGCAUGGAGAAGAGCAGGAGCAGGAGAAGCAAGAAGGUGAAGGACCCGAACGCUCCCAAGCGGCCGCAGUCGGCCUACUUCAUCUGGCUCAACGAGAAUCGCGAGCGCAUCAAGACGGAGAACCCGGGAAUCUCGAUCACGGACAUCUCGAAGAAAGCCGGGGAAGGCUGGAAGCUCGUCACCGACAAGACGGAGUGGGAUGAGAAGGCCGUACAAGCGAAGAAGAAGUACGAAGAGGUCAUGAGGGAGUAUGAGAAGACAAAGAAGCCUGACGAUGGCCCAUCGCCACCCAAGAAAUCCGCCGGGAAGGGCAAGGCGAGUAAGAGUCCGGCGAAGUCGCCGGCGAAGGAAGGUCACUUCAAGAGCAAGGAGUACAUCACGAGCUCGGAGUCCGGCUCGUCGAGCGAGAGCGACGACGACAAGCCGCUGAAGCCGAAGCCGAAUCUGAAGACGAAGAGGAAGUAGUCAGCACCCCGCCAUCUAGUGACGCAGAUUCAGACUAAAUAAUACGACCAGCUGUCUCGAAGGGAAUUGUACUGUCAUCACCACAAUCAACGGCAGAGGCCUGCAUGUAAACAUACAAUAUGCUCCUGCAAUCCGUGCUGAGGGUUAAUUGUAGGGAAGUAGUAGUUGUGAAGAAAGAGGGGUAAUUAUUACUCGGGCAACUAUGCAUGUGAUGUAGUGCAAACAUUGUUUAGGGUAGUGCCUCUGGUCGUAUUACAAUGCAGGAAAACUAGACACACACACAUAUAAAUAUAUUGUAUUAUAUAUAUCUUAUGCCUGCUAAAUUGUACAUAUAACGAUGUUCGACCAAAGAAAUUUGGUAGGAACUGUUGAAGGUCACCAUGUUGACGGAGACCAGAGGUGGUGGCCAUCCAUGUAUGAUCACCAUAGGAUUAAAAAACACUGGCACAUCGUCUGAUAUUUACUGGCUGUAAUUCAUUAGUAAAAUAUUAAUGGAUAUCAUUAUGGAUACUUAUGUAUAUUAUUGAUGAAUUUAACUCAUUAGUAAAAUUUUAAUGUAUACAGCUAAUUAACACUUAAGCGUAUCCGUAUGCGAUGAUUAAUUAUCAUCAGUAAUGGUGUGUAUUGUACUGCACAAUUUUGUACCAGCACAUAAGACGUUGUAAGGGGUAAGUGUAAAUAUUACAGGAUUUUCUAAUGCUUGGUUCUUCAAUCACAUAUUCAUUUUCAUCGGGGAUUUCUGGAGACGUGUAUGUUGCUGUCAGUGAAAUAUCCUAGUGUUGUUCAUGUCUUGUGAAUAAUAAAUGUGAAAAAUCUCAA